AGCAGCUCCCCAGUGGCUGGGCUCCCCUUGAAUCUCAUAAUUUGCCCGGCUCGUGUCGCUGCAAGGUGUUCAUGUGGCCAUAAAAACAAUAAAAUAUUUAACACAAAUUUUAACUUAAUGCUCGAGUCGUAAAAAUGUAUGAGUGUAAAAAUGCUUACCUAUGGGCUUGCCGGGGGCGGAAGGGGUGGUGGGUGUGGGUCCGUCCCAAUGCCGCCUCAUUAAACCAGAAAUUACACAAAGGAUAACGCGCAGCUUGACGGCGAUGCCCGCAAAGUGUUUGUGUUUGUAUUUGUCUCCUGUGUGUGUGUGUGUGUGUGUGCUUGAUCCGCCCACUCACUGCCACCCACCACCCGCCACCCCAUCACCCUUUUGGCUCUCGGCGGCAUACAAAUAAAAAAUUAUCGCCCGAGUCCAGGACGAGAAAGUCCUGCGUUGCCAUUAUAUUUUAUUUUUACAAUUUUUCGUCACUUUUGAUGCCGACCAGAGGCUGGCUUUUAUUUCUCUGCUUGCCAGCUUCCAUAUUCCUCACCCGAUUUAGGUCCUUGCACGGAAAAAAAUAUACCACAGUCAGAUCUUAGACAUCCAUAUACCUGUGGGAUUUCCGUAUUGAAAUUUUGAACAUUUGCAAAGAAUAUCGUCUACAAAAACAUGUUUAACAACUUGGAGCAGGAGGAUUUGAAGUCCGAUGCAGAUCGCCAUCUUGAGUUGGCCCUCAAGAGAAUCGAGGAGCGCCGCCAGCAGGAGACAAUGUAUUUCAACAUUUACAGCCGCAUCGAGGUGCACGAGUGGCUGCUAAAGGAUUCUGUGCGAGUUAAGGCAUUUCGCGACGCUAUCCUUUACAACGAGUCCUUUAAGAACAAGACUGUCUUGGACGUGGGUUGCGGCAUGGGUAUCCUUUCAAUUUUUGCCGCCAAGGCGGGGGCCAAAAAGGUCCUGGCUGUGGAUGCGGCCAGCAUCACGGACUAUGCCCAUCGUAUAGUCCACGAUAAUGGUUUCGGCAAUGUUAUAACUGUGAUAAGGGGAAAAGUGGAGGACAUUGAACUGCCCGCUGACAUCGAUAAGGUGGACAUUAUUGUAUGCGAUUGGAUGGGCUCCUGCCUGUUUUCCGAGAAUAUGCUGGACUCUCUGAUUUUUGCGCGGGACAAGUGGCUGUCCGCCGGAGGGCACAUCUAUCCGGACACGGCGCAGCUCUAUGUGGCGGCUAUCCAGGGGCAGGACCAGGAUCUCGGCUUCUGGCACGACGUGCACGGCUUCGACAUGUCGGCCAUCCGGCGCAGGUGCGAGUCCCUGGCGGUGGUGGAGCCCGUGACCGGCGGCCAAAUGAUGAGCCAGGUGUGCCUGGUCAAGUCGCUGGACCUCUACAAGGAGCAGCGCCAGUCCGCCGACUUUCGAUCCUUCUACGAGCUGAAGGUCACCCGGGACGGCUGGGUGCACGCCCUGGUGGCCUACUUCGAUGUGGGAUUCAGCAAAACUCCGCAAGGGAUCGCCUUCAGCACGUCGCCCUGUGCCCCGUGGACCCACUGGAACCAGACGGUCUUCUAUCUGGAGACCCCGCUCCCCGUGAAGGCUGGGGAGCUAAUCAAGGGCGUGUUCGCCAUGAAAGCCAGCGAGGAUAGCAUCUUCGACCUGGAGGUCGACAUCUAUGUGGACUUCGAGGGCAGCCAGAAAUCGGUCACCAGCCAGCAGGCCUUCGUGUUCUCCAGCUCCCUGGCAGUGGAUGGGGUCUAGAGAGCAGGAAUACGCCAUACAAAAUAUCAUCCGAUCACAAUAAAAUGAACGACCAGUAAAAUAAAUCAAAAGCCAGCCACAUUGCCUGUGUGCAGUAUCUAUAUGAUUUUAUUGUAUGAAGGCAUACAUAAAAACAUCUCUAUGCUAGCAUUCAGUCGCAAACAUGUGCAAAGGAUUCAGAUAAGGUCCUCGGCCUCAGCAACUUGGGCUUACCCUGAAUCCAGAAAAAUAUCUAGUGAGCCUUUGAAAUUAUAAUUACAAUAAUAGAAAUAAAAUGA